GUAACGUAUCUUCUUCUCCGAGUGUUGGCUUAAAUUCAAAAAUCCAAUUAUAAUCUCUUGAAGACCGUGACGAAUCCUCGUGGCCACUUGAAUCUCCGACUAUUUCGAAAAAGUUAUGGAGGCGAAAACCAGCGGACCUAAGCAAAUUCAGCCAUCAACACCGGCUCCUCCGCCUUCAACGCGGCGGCCAAGAGUUAGAGAAGUAAGUUCCAGAUUCAUGUCUCCGGUUACUUCAUCCUCUUCCUCCGCCGGAGAUCUCCACUCUUUGACUUGUAAUUCUCCAAAGCAGCACCACCUUCAACACCACCAGAUUCAACGCUCUGUUUCUGCUCAGAGACUUAGACGUCAGUUAAAAAUGGCAGACGGAGAUGAGAAUCGCUCAUCAGAGACGGCGGCGCGUAGCCUAGACUCGCCUUUUACACUCUCACAAAGCCGAAAAUCAUCGAAACCAAGUCACUUGAAGCCGCUCAACGAGAAUUCUCACCGGCUCGAAACUCCUACACCAAUGGUUCCUCCUCCACCGUCUAGAUCACGGCUAAGCCAACAAAGAUUACCAACUGCAACGAGACUUCUCCAACUAAGCGGCAUAUCAGCCUGUUAUGAGAAAGAAGGAAUCAUCAACAUUCAGGAGAAACCUAAAUCUAACGGCUCAGAUCAGUUUCCAACACUUUCUUGUAGAACUCAUCUUAAAGUUUUCAACAAUCCUGUACCUUCUUCUCUUAAUCGAUCUGUGAGUUCACCAUCUUCAAGCUGUAACGUUCGUGAGAGCAGUUCGUUUUCACGUUUAGGCUUGCCAUUGCCUCCAAUGGCACCCAAGGUUCCAGCGGAUACUAAAAAACAGAGGAAGGUUACAGAGCAAUUGGAAGAUGUGCAUUCUCUGAAACUGCUCCACAAUCGUUACCUCCAAUGGAGAUUUGCAAACGCCAAUGCACAAGUGAAGACUCAAACUCAUAAAACACAAACUGAGACCAUGAUCCAUUCCUUUGGUUCCAAGAUAUCAGAAUUACAUGAUUCUGUGCAAAGGAAACGCAUAGAGCUUCAACGUUUAUUGAAAACUAAAGCUCUUCUCGCGAUUACAGAAUCUCAAACUCCAUGUUUGGAGCAAUGGUCUGCUAUUGAAGAAGAGUAUUCGACUUCGGUGUCACAAACAAUCCAAGCUUUUUCCAAUGCUUCAUUACGGCUUCCACUCGAUGGGGAUAUCAUGGUUGAUUCUAAACAGUUAGGAGAUGGACUUGUGGCUGCUUCAAAGAUUGUUGACGGCAUUACACAAAAUGUUGGAAACUAUAUGCCAAAGGCAAAGGAGAUGGAGAGUUUGUUGUCAGAAUUAACAAGAGUGGCUAGAAGUGAAAGAUCAUUGACAGAAAAUUGCGUUGUGGCUCUUCUUAAAACGCAAGCUUCACAAGUACUCAACCUUUCUUUACAUAAAUUGAAGAAUGUUCUAUGAGAAGUCAACUUAUCCAGCAAACAACAAAAGAAGAGUCAUCUUCUAAAUGAGCACAACUCUUGUUCUACUGAAAGAGAUUUAUAUCGAAUGAGUGUAGCAUUAAAAUCGAUUAUAGAUUAUACAGAAAUAAAAUAAAAAGACUUUUUGAC